GGGGACUUUUAUUAUAGCGGGCGGUUUUUCCCACAGUUCCACAGUGUAAAGCGGUGCGGUACCUGGCGUUAGCUAGCCUGCUGAGGAAGUUGGAGAGAUGUAUCGCCCAAAGCCGACACUGAAAGACCGACAGCACCUGUAUAAACUGAUCAUCAGUCAGCUGCUGUAUGAUGGAUACACCAACAUCGCCAACAGCCUGAUAAACGAAGUGAAACCCCAGAAUGUGGUUUCUCCAUCAGAGCAGCUCAUGCAGCUCGCCAAGAUCGGGAUGGAGAAUGAUGACAGCGCUGUGCAGUACGCUAUUGGCCGCUCGGACACGGUGGCUCCGGGGGUGGGGAUUGAUCUGGAGUUUGAUGCGGAUGUUCAGACAAUGUCUCCGGAAGCCUCGGAGUACGAGACCUGUUACGUGACGUCUCAUAAAGGGCCGUGCCGCGUGGCCACGUACAGCCGCGACGGGCAGCUCAUCGCCACCGGCUCCGCCGACGCCUCCAUUAAAAUCCUGGAUACAGAACGGAUGCUGGCCAAGAGUGCCAUGCCUCUGGAGGUAAUGAUGAACGAGACGGCGCAGCAGAACAUGGAGAACCACCCUGUGAUCAGGACCCUCUAUGAUCAUGUGGAUGAAGUUACCUGCCUGGCCUUCCACCCCACAGAGCAGAUCCUGGCCUCAGGAUCCCGAGAUUACACCCUCAAACUCUUCGACUAUUCCAAACCUUCAGCCAAAAGAGCUUUCAAACACAUACAGGAAGCGGAGAUGCUGCGCUCCAUCUCCUUCCACCCGUCUGGAGACUUCCUGCUGGUGGGGACUCAGCACCCGACGCUGCGUCUGUACGACGUCAACACCUUCCAGUGCUUCGUAUCCUGGAACCCGCUGGACCAGCACACAGACACCAUCAGCGGCGUCAACUACAACCCCACCGCCAACAGCUACGUCACCUGCAGCAAGGACGGCAGCAUCAAGCUGUGGGACGGCGUCUCCAACCGCUGCGUCACCACCUUCGAGAAAGCUCACGACGGAGCCGAGGUCUGCUCCGCCGUCUUCUCCAAAAACUCCAAAUACAUCCUGUCCAGCGGGAAGGACUCCGUAGCCAAGCUGUGGGAGAUCUCCACCGGACGCACGCUCGUCAAAUACACAGGCGCGGGUCUGAGUGGGCGUCAGACGCACCGUACUCAGGGCGUGUUUAAUCACACGGAGGAUUAUAUCCUGCUGCCGGACGAGCGCACCGUCAGCCUGUGCUGCUGGGACUCUCGCACGGCCGAGCGCAAGAACCUGCUGAGCCUCGGACACAACAACAUCGUCCGCUGCAUCGUCCACUCACCCACCAACCCCGGCUUCAUGACCUGCAGCGACGACUUCAGAGCCAGAUUCUGGUACCGACGAACCACCACCGACUGAACCUGAGAGAGAGAGAUGAAAUGAGAUGUGAACAACCUACCGAACCUGGGAUCUGUGAUGACCGGCCUUCACCACUAGAGGGCUCCAUUUCACUAUGAAGACUUUUACAUACCAGUAAACUGUUUAUGAACUGUUUCAAUAGUUAUUAACUAGGUUAUAAAUACUUUAAAACACAUUAAUAGAAAGGGAAAUCACUGUUGCCCUUUCUGUGUUUGUGUUGUAACUGUAUUAAUGAUUUUUAAAGUGUUUAAAACUAAUUAAUAACCAUUAAUUGAAUCCUUUAUUACAUGGUAUUACGUGUUUUUUUUUAUUUUUUACAGACGAUAGGGAAAAGACUGAUGAAUUCAGUACUAAGUUUAGUACUGGUGUUGUAUAAUUUGAUCAGCUGGAAAAAAAGAUCCUUUUCUUUUUCAGUUCAUGUUGGAACACUUUGAGCCUUUUUUUUUUAAAUAAAAGAUUAAAAGAAAA